AUGAAACUGCUGGAUUAUGACAUCAUGCUCUUGCUCGCCUGCGUCACAACCCUCGUCAUCAGUGACAACGUGACGUCAUACGUGGAAACGUACGCCAAGCUGUGUCGUCACGUGUUACAAAAGGACUCCGUCACACACAAGAUACCCCCCGGGGAGGGGAGCGGGGACGACGACGGCGCGAGUAUUAGUCUCAGACUGUUGGUCAUAGACGUCCUAGACAUUGAUCAGAUCAACCAGCUCAUGACCAUCGUCGUCUACAUAGAAAUGUCCUGGCAACUUCCCGAACUCUCAUGGGACCCACCAGCCUACGGUAACAUUCAGGUUUUUCAUGUGGGUUCCAGCCUCUUGUGGACACCCAACAUCGUGGUGGUGACCGGAAGUACUGACUCCCUGAAGCUGAAAGUCCCAGACGACGUACUAGUUCUCGCGAAAGGAUAUGUGGAGAUGACGACACACCAGUACCUCAGUUUCCGGUGCGACAUCAACUUUAUGACAUAUCCAUUCGACUCUCAGACUUGCGGGUUUGGGCUUUAUCCUAUGACUUUCCCGUUCCCUACCUUGAAUGUCCAGUACCUCAACCUGAGUCUAAGCGGAGUCUAUGAAAUCAAAGGCGAAUGGACGCUGAUCGACCACAACCAGACGACCAAGUCCAACGAAAAUCUCGACCCGUUUCCGUUUUUUUCUUUCACCGUGCGCCGCCAGAGUACGUAUUACGUCGUGACGCUCGUCUUCCCGAUGGUGCUGACGUCUGCCAUCAUCCCGCUCGUGUUUCUCAUCCCCGUCAGGGUGGGGGAGAAGUUCUCCUACCUUGUGGCCGUCUUCACAUCGGCGGCCAUUUUUCUCAACUUGAUCAGUGACGUCAUGCCACGUGGUCUAUCCAGCAUGCCAUACCUGGCCAUUCUACUGGUUGAGGUUUUGUGUGAGGGGCUGUGUGCCAUUCUGGCAACUCUGCUCGUCAUCAAUUUAGCCGAGUCUGAGGAGAAAGUCAAUGCAACUUCAGAGAAAAGCAAAAAUGACGUGAAGCAUGUCGCUCUAAUCUCCACAUCUGAGAAGAUGACGUCAUGUGAGGGGAAGGGACAACCAGAGGUGAGGGGAGGGCAGGCUGAUGGUUUCCACUGGUGCCAGGCCAAGGUUGGUUUCUGCUGUAUGACGUCACGACAACUGGACCACGUGUUCUUCUUUCUAUUCGCCACUGGCCAGGUCACCUUUCUGGUAGGGCUGUUUGGCUUCACUGGUUGGAUCAGAAACUAA